ACUGUGAGAACGCCGAUAUGAUCGAUCGCCACAGGGCCAGCGCAGCACGCAGCACGCCCGGUGUGUUAGCUUCAAAGUAGCGGUGAUGAUUUUUACAACUUGUAGAUAACCUUCAGGACACAAAACAUGACGGACUACGCCGAAGAGCAGAGGAACGAACUAGAAGCGAUAGAGUCCAUCUACCCAGACUCCUUCACAGUUCUUUCAGAUAACCCCACCAGCUUCACCAUCACUGUGACGUCAGAUGCAGGAGAAGAUGGAGAAAUUGUGGAAACGUUGUUAAAGUUCACAUAUGUAGAGAAAUAUCCAGACGAGGCUCCUCUGUGGGAGAUUCAGUCCCAGGAGAACCUGGAGGACGUCGAUGUGGGGGAGAUCCUCACUUUACUCCAACAACAGGCGGAGGAGAACCUGGGCAUGGUGAUGAUCUUCACGUUGGUCACAGCCGUUCAGGAGAAACUCAACGAAAUCGUGGACGUGAUGAAAAACAGACGAGAGGAAGAGAAAGAACGGAGAGAGAGAGAGUUAGAGGAGGCGGAGAAGGUAUUGUUCCAGGGCACUGUGGUCACCAUUGAGAACUUCCUGCAUGGAAAGCGAGGUUUGAGCGAGGUGGACGGAGCUGAGGAAAAACGGCAGAAAGAGGAGGAGCAGGGGGGGCAAACUCAAACUCACCGGUAA